AUGACCCUAGAAAUCACUGGAAACUUACAGAAACGGUUUGUGCAAGACGCCGUUUUGCUUCACAAGCUAGACCCAGUAAGGGGUAGUCCAACGGCAUACGGUCUGGAUCGACACCCUCAUGACGCGGGUGUUCCCCGAGAAGAGUUGCUAAAGCGAAAGUUUCUCGAUUCUUUCGCUCUACUAGCUUCAACCCACAAAGAUGGCGACACAGUAUCGGCGGCCACCUUAGAGGUAGGAGCGCCUGAGGGCUCGGUCAUUCGCAUCGCUAGUAAUGCUGGGGUGUCCGCAUCGACACUGGUCCUUCUUCGGGGAGUGAUGGAAAUUCUUCAUGACGUAUCUGCUAUGGGUCUCACGAACGAGCGGAGACUGAGUGUCCUAUUGAAGAUGAUUAGUCUCGACAAGGCCAAAAUCUGGUAUUAUCUUGCGGACCUCCGGAAACAUAGAUCAGAAAUUUUGAGGCUUGAGCAGUUCUUGCCGAAGCUUUCAUCCACCUUUGAGGUCAACGAAGUCGAAAGGUUCACUGCAUGGAUGGGAAAAUUUAGUGCGAUCACAACCAUUGCAACCGGAGCGCCUCCAUCAGAGCUCUUGCCUUACAUUUUAUGGGCAGAAAAAGCCAAAUGGGAACUUUCCACCUGUAUCGAGGCUCUGUUCUCUGUCCAGAGCAUACCAGUGCCCUCUUGGAUAUACAGUAUCUACAAGCUAGGGAGGUACGGGGUCGCAUCAAUAGCGUUGUGUAAGCUUCCAGCAGAGUUCCCCGCCCUCUUUUGCCCGAUGCGUAUAGAACCUAUCGAGCCCAUCUCAAGGCUUGAAUUUUCUAUUGCAAAAGGCGAACGGCCUUUGAGAGAUGUUCUACGGAGAAUCGCUGGAGACCAAGACGAAGAAUUCGCGAGGAGAUUGGCCACAAUCUGGUGUGUUACAGAUCCAGAGCCGCGCUUCCGGAAGGCCUGUCGUCUUGAUCUCGCUGUUCAUGCUGAGAUGCAACUUAUCGGUUUCUACGACCAAAAUCCUGAGCUUAUGCCGUCAUUCCGGUUCAUAGGUAAGCUGUACUUGGCAUGGAGGUCCCCACCGACAUCCGACAGAAAAGUGUACAGGACGUACAAGAAAAUUGUCACCAAUUUGUGUGUUCAAAUGGAAGCAACAGCCAGACGAGAACUUCAGAGCCGGAUUGGCAGUGCCAGAGCUUUCCAGCUAGAUUCUACCGCCGGGGUGUCCUUAACAGGUCUCGUUGAUUACAGGCCUCUCAGCCCUGCAGAGUCUCUGGACACAUCCGACGCGCCUUUUCCGCUUGAUUCAUUACCAGAGCCUUCAUUAGAGACAUCUGAGGACGAUUAUAGUGAUGAUCAUGCAGGCGUCUCCCUUGAGACAGACAAAGAGACACCUCCCACAGAAACUGAUGGAAGACGCCCCGGGGAGACAAUCACAUCACCUUCACGAGAUUCUAGCGGCGAACAACAUACUGCAGAGUUUGUGUUCAAUGUCGGACGUGCUGGCGACCCUCAGAGGCGAGAACUUGUGGUCUUGGAAGACAUCCUGGAUACGUCACAGAAGCCUUCCUGGCGAAAGCUGAUUGAGAUUCUAAGCAAUGAUGAGUACUUCGGGGUAGGAUUUGUCGAAGAAGAGGAGUUUUUGAUGGUCAAUGAAAACCUAUGGGUUAGAGAUGAGCGUCAGUUCCUUGCGUGUUUGCAUUUCUUACGCAACUCAGGUUGUCGCAACGUGGGUGUCGUGGUUCGUACGUUUGACUCGGUGAAAUCGAAGAGUCCUUAA